CCAGUCAGAGGGAAGGAGGCCCGGGCCGCUAGUGUCCUCAGCCCUCUGCGUGUGUGUGUGCGCGUGUGUGAGCGCGCGCGCGCCGCGGAGAAGGUGGAUCCGCUCAGUCCGCCGCGAGCCCUCCCCAGGCCCCACGACCCGCCGCUGCGGCCGCUGGCCCGGCCUCCGCUGGCGCGGGUCGGACCGGGGAUGGAGCUACCGCAGACCGGGCCCGGGAGUCCAGCGGCCUGAGAAGCGGGCGGUGCGCGGGGCCGGGGAAGGCGGGCCGAGGGGAGGGUCCUACGGACCCGGGGGGCGGGCGCGGCGCGCCCCCUCCCUGGCGCGCUCGCUCCCUCCCACGAGCGCCCUCCCUCACCGCCUCCUCCCGCCGCCUCCAGCCCCCCCUCGCCGGGGACCGAGCGCGCUCGCUCCGGCGCCGGCCUCGCCUCCUCGCAGCAGCGCCAUGGAUGAGUUCCACCCGUUCAUCGAGGCGCUGCUGCCUCACGUGCGCGCCUUCGCCUACACGUGGUUCAACCUGCAGGCGCGGAAGCGCAAAUACUUCAAGAAGCACGAGAAGCGGAUGUCCAAGGACGAGGAGCGUGCGGUGAAGGACGAACUGCUGGGAGAGAAGGCCGAAGUGAAGCAGAAGUGGGCAUCGCGGCUGCUGGCCAAGCUGCGCAAGGACAUCCGGCCGGAGUGCCGCGAGGACUUCGUGUUGGCCAUCACCGGCAAGAAGGCACCGGGCUGUGUGCUCUCCAACCCCGACCAGAAGGGCAAGAUGCGCCGCAUCGACUGCCUGCGCCAGGCCGACAAGGUGUGGCGCCUGGACCUGGUCAUGGUCAUCCUCUUCAAGGGCAUCCCCCUGGAGAGCACUGAUGGCGAGCGCCUGGUCAAGGCGGCGCAGUGCGGCCACCCAGUGCUCUGCGUGCAGCCCCACCACAUCGGAGUGGCAGUCAAGGAGCUUGACCUCUACCUGGCCUACUUCGUGCGGGAGAGAGAUGCGGAGCAGAGCGGCAGUCCCCGGGCCGGGAUGGGCUCCGACCAGGAGGACAGCAAGCCCAUCACUCUGGACACAACUGACUUCCAGGAGAGCUUCGUCACCUCCGGUGUGUUCAGUGUCACCGAGCUCAUCCAAGUGUCCAGGACACCUGUGGUGACUGGAACAGGACCCAACUUCUCCCUGGGGGAGCUGCAGGGGCACCUGGCAUAUGACCUGAAUCCAGCCAGCACCGGCAUGAGAAGAACGCUACCCAGCACUUCCUCCAGUGGGAGCAAACGGCACAAAUCGGGCUCGAUGGAGGAAGACGUGGACACAAGCCCUGGCGGCGAUUACUACACGUCGCCCAGCUCUCCCACGAGUAGCAGCCGAAACUGGACGGAAGACAUGGAAGGAGGCAUCUCAUCCCCGGUGAAGAAAACAGAGAUGGACAAAUCACCUUUCAACAGCCCGUCUCCCCAGGACUCACCGCGUCUCUCCAGCUUCACCCAGCACCACCGGCCCGUCAUAGCAGUGCACAGCGGGAUCGCCCGGAGCCCUCACCCGUCCUCAGCCCUGCACUUCCCCACCACCUCCAUCCUGCCCCAGACGGCCUCCACCUACUUUCCUCACACAGCCAUCCGCUACCCGCCUCACCUCAACCCCCAGGACCCGCUCAAAGAUCUCGUCUCACUGGCCUGUGACCCGGCCAGCCAACAGCCUGGACCGUUAAAUGGAAGUGGUCAGCUCAAAAUGUCCAGUCACUGCCUUUCCGCUCAGAUGCUGGCACCCCCGCCCCCUGGGCUGCCGAGACUGGCGCUUCCCCCUGCCACCAAACCCACCCACGAGGGAGGAAGCACGUCACCAACCUCACCCUCCUACUCUACGCCCGGCACGUCCCCUGCAAACCGUUCCUUUGUGGGAUUAGGACCAAGGGAUCCAGCGGGCAUUUAUCAGGCACAGUCCUGGUAUCUGGGAUAAGAAAGAUUUCUUCCCACGCCCUGCUCCUUCAUCCCGGGGGUGCUGCACAGCCGGCCCCCAGCCCAUGUGUUCGGUGGAAAGUUAGAGCGAGCAAGAACAUCCCGCCGACUCCCAGCCCAGCUGAAAAGACAAAACACACAAACAUACACACACAGGAGGAAGAAAAAAGAGAAAAAAAGGCCAAAAAAAAAAGACAAACGGGAAAAAAUUCAUAAAAAUAAACCCACCCAAGCAAGAAGACAAAGGUAAAGAAGACUGCAGCGCUGCAGACUCUUGGGACGCCACAGCUGGACCUGCCGCCCCCGGUGGACCUGCCGCCCCCGGCGGAGGGCCUGAGGAUCUAACAGUGCCACAGGGGUCUCCCUACGUUACUCAUCUCUCGCUGCUGCUCGGGAAGGGCAGGUGCCUGCCUCCACCUCCACCAGGACCAGGUGAGCGCAGCCUGGUGCCCACAACAGUGCCCAGGCCCCAUGGGGCAGGACACCCAGAAAGGCCACCUCUCCCCCCGAACCCCCAUCGUCACCACCGCCAGGAUGUCGGCCAGGCUUCCCACACUGGUGUUGGUGUUUCCAAGCAGGAAGGCAGGCACUGAGGAGGCCGGUGUGGGCAGGGAAGUGACAAGGGCAGAAGAGGGUUGUGGGAGCCCCUGGUCACCACCAGGGGACAAGGACGCGUGGCAGAUUCUUUCUCAGGAGUGCCCUGCCGUCAGCCAUGGGAUGUCUGCCUGCCCCAAAGCGUGCAUGUGCUGGGCUGGCUUGGGACUCGGCCUUUCAUCCCCGCGCCUGUCUGUUUGGGAGGAGAAGUCUCUAUGCAAUUGCCCCCCCAGCCCCACGCCCAGCGGCAUAGAAGGCCACCCCCCACUGCACCUGCCUGCGGCUCCACACCCCCGGGGUCGGGGUCCACGUUGCACACACUGUAAGAAAUGCACUUUCCAAGGAAGGGGCUGUGGGGGCAGAAUGGAAAGACCCAGAGGUCUUCAAGAAAGGGGGUCAUCUGGAGUCUCCAUCCACUGAGCCCUGGGAGGGGAGGUCCCCCCCCCACAUUCACCCAGAGGAGGUGGGAGGUGACAGUGAGUGGAUUAAGUGCCUGAUUCCCACCGCCCGCCCCUCUUUGUCCAGCUGAGACGUGAGAGUGGCCGUGGGCUUCCCCAUCCCUCCCCCACAACCCUGCCACCUCCAGUCCCCGACCCCUCAUUGCUAUGCUCCCCUCGGAGAGAUGGGGACCCCCAGUGGGCCCAAGGGGCAGAGCUGGGUGUCCCCCAAGCAUCCUGCCAUGCUGAGGCGUGGGGGGCAGGGGUGAGGUCCGGGGAAGCCGGUGUCCCCUCCCCCCCACGCCUCCUCUGCCAGUGCCUUACAUCCUGGAGCGACACCCCCUCCCUGGUGCCUCUCAGCCCAAAGGGGGACUACAGUUUGCACUUUUAUUUUCCCCCAAAGUGGGCACAGCCAGGGAGGUGCGUUGCAGCUGGGCCCCCAGAAGGACUGCAAUUCGUGUGACCCUGGAUGGGGUGGGAGUUCUGGCGGAGGGGGUGCCAGCGCCUCUGGGCCCUGUGCUGCACAGGGGCCUCCCAUCUGCUAAGCGUUUUCCGUUGAGCCGCUCCAAAAACACUAAGCUGGGGACACCGGGUGCCCCCCUACCCCGGCUCCCCAGCCCCAUUCCCGCCCCCACCCCAGGGUGACCAUCUUGGGUGGGGGGCCUGGGAGGGAGUGCUAGGUGUUCCAGGGUCACAAGACCCAAACACAGGGACCCCUCCAAGCCCAUCCAUCUGAGCCCCCACUGGCCACCUCCAGCCUCCACGCCUGGCGCUGAGGAAUAUGUACCCCACCAUGACCCCUACCCCGGGCCUAGGCCAAAGCUAUUGCCCUGAGCAGGGCCUCCGCCUCAUCUGCAGCCUGGCCCUCUGCUUCUUCUCUUGGUACCCCUGGGCCUGGCCAGCCUCCCCCCACCCCAACACUUCUAGAAACCAGACUUUCCUCUCAAACCAGCCCAAGGGGCUUGGCGAACCCACUUAUCACACAGAGAAAGACCCAAGGCCCUUCCCCAUCAACACCCCCUCCCAUUGUCCGCAGGGGUUCAAGAACCCUUGGUCUGUCCAUGAAUCCCCAGGGCCCCUCCAGGUGGCCGCUGGGGACCAAAGCACGGGCCGCUCUUCGGGAGGGCAGGGAGGAAGGGCAGCUCGGGCAUCCGGAAGCUUCUCAGCCCGGACCCUCAGGGUGCAGGUAGGCGUGGUAGGGGAGGGGGCGCCUGGCAGCCCCCCGAGAUCUAACUUUGCAUGGUGCUUAGUCGAGGACUCCUAUGACCUGGCUCCUGCCCUCGGCUCGCUGGAGCUGACACUGCAUGGCAAAUCUUACCGGCUCUAUCUCCCGCCCCAGCCUCCCAGCCCCCACUCCUGCCCCCUCCUCUUUAAAAAAAAAUACAAAAAAAUACCUUGAAAAAAGUCCAUGUUUCCUAAUUUGCACGAAGUUUUUUACCACAUGAUGUGCCUUGCCUUCCGAGAAUAAGUAUUACCUUUAAACAAUAUCAGCGCGAAGGUAGCUGCAUGCCCUGCUCGUGUAGUUAAAAAGAAAAAGACAAACAAUGAAAUGAAAUAAAAAGUAAAAAUGGAAAAGGGAUGUAUUUCUAUUUGUAAAAAUAAUAAUAAUAAUAAUAAUAAUAAUGAUGAUGAUAAGCAAGAACUUUGAAAAAAAUACAUGCUAAAAGAGCAAUCGCCCCGUGAUCGGUCCCACCGCCCACGCCCCACCAGCCCUGGGCUCUGUCUCCACGGCCCCUGCUGCGUUGGGGGUGCUCCCUGGUGCUCUGCCACCCCCGGCCCGGCCCCUGGGCUCCAAGGGGUCAUUUCUGAAGCCCCCACCCACAGCAGCAGGCAGACCUCAGGAGCAGGCCUUUGGGCCGCCAGCCCCCCCCCCAUGCCACUCGUGCAUGCGCGACCCCAGGCAGCGCCCUCAGGGUGGCCGCCCUGCCGACAGCCAGACCCCCCAUCCCGCCUUCCAUGCAGGCUGGCAUCCCUCUGGCUCAGGGUCAGAUUGCUCUCCCACCCCAAAGAGGCUCCCUCUUCCCCAGUGCACCCCCUCCUUCUUGCCAAAGGACCCACUUGUCCCCCCCCCGGAGACCGGCAUCGGGUGUCCGUUCCCUCCUGCGCUCUCCUUAACCCCCAGCACCCACUUCUGUGUCUUCCAGCUGUGACUACGGAGGGUAUCUGGUAUGAAACAAAAAACAAAACCAAACUCGAUAUAUGCAAUGCCUGUCUGUCUGUACCUGUAGGCCUAGCCCAGCCAGCAGAGGCCCAGUUAGGGUGGCCGGAGGGGUCAGGGACAGCCGGGAACACCCCAUCACAGGUCUCUGCCUGGGUGGCUGGCCAUGCUGUUGUCUUUUUCUUGUUUUUUAUUUUCUCUUAUUUUUCUUUCUUUAAGUUCCAACUUCCUCAACCUUCAACUCAACCACAGGUGAGAGAAUAGCAGGUGGUUAGUGGGGGUGGCCCGGGGGGGGACCAGAGGGCUGGACUCUCUGCCCUCAGGCCCCAACCUGGGGGGCACACCAGUUGGACAGUGGUCCCCAUUUAUUUGCUGCCACCCCCUUGGACUUCACAACUGUCUCCAGAGCAGGGUGGGACUCUGUAGAAAGGUCCCAGCUUUCAUCAGCCAUCAUACGCUCAUCCCACGUUUUCUGCCCAAGACGCCUCGGCAAGCCCCAGGGGCUGGAGGGGAAGCCCAGAGCUCGGCCUCGGCUGCCGUGACAGUGUCCUUCAGACCCGUCACUUGGCUGGAGAGCCCGAGGCCACAUGUGUCCGUUUUCAUGUGGCUGAUUUCUGCUUUUUGUGCUCUGUGCCCUGCCCAGCCCACCCUUCCUGUCCCCUGUUGUGUGAUCUCGCCCUUUUGGCACCAUUGCUGGGUCCUGUGGGCAGUUCCUCCCCAGCCAGCGCGUCAUCCUGGGGCUGUUUGUCCCCAUUUCUUGGGAAAGCUGUAGGGUCCCUGUGGGGCAGCAUUCCCAGGCGCCGCCCUGCAGGCAGAGUAAGGCAGGAACGCCAGGAACCAGACCCCUGACCCCACUCAGCAGUUCGGAUCCGUGCCAAGGUCCGGGAAUAGGGGCCUUUGUUGGGUUGGUUUUUGUAGGGUGUUUUUCUUACAUAUAUGAAACUGAGGUCUUCUCAGGCCCCUCCCAAGCCCAUGUCACUCACCACCCAUCAUCCAUCCCCACCCAUGCUGACCCCUCAGCCUGCCCUUGGGGUCCAGCUCAUGCUGUAGAAAAGAACAGGGGGGCCUCCCAAAUAUAAGCAGACUGCCCCCAUCCCGCUCUCGGUUGAGGGCACCAGACACCCACCAGGGUGGCGAGGGAGGUGUGAGAAGACCUGGCCUGUCUGACUGGGGACAGGGCUCGGGGCCCUGGCGCUGGUCUGGAACCCAGGUUCUGGCUGAGUUCUGAGUCCCACCCUGAGCUAGACAAUCAGACUCGAAAGGAGCCCCAAAGGAGACUCGGGGGUGCCAUAGCUCCCCAAGCAGCAGACAAUUCCAGGCUCAGCCCUGCAGAUCCCUUUUCUGCUCCAGAGCCUUCUGUCUGUCCCCAGAGACAGCAGCGUCCCAGGGGCAGGCAGACCUGGCCAGACAGUAGCCCCCGUGUAGGACCCCAGGCCGUGCGCAGCCGUCCUGCCCGCUUCAGAGAAGGCAGCGCACAGGACCCUCCCCUCCUUGUUCUGGCCUCUCCCAUGGUACUUUGACCUUCAGUGGAGGGAUAUGGAUAUAUAUAUAUGAAUUUUUUAUUAUACAGAUUAUACAGUGGCUACUUUUUGUUUUGGCCUGGAAUCUGUCUCUGAGACUCUGGUUUUUACUUUCUUUCUGGAGGGUGUUGGGAAAGGGAUUCCAGAGAUCCACCCUCAGAUCUGGCUUCUUCCACAUCCUCCCAUCUCCAUUUCUGCGCCACUGGGCACUUUCUAAAGAGUCCCACCUGCAAGCUGACAGCCUCCCCCACCAUCCACCCGUUCCUAAGUGUUUCACAGUGUGUGGGGCCUGAACUGACCCCAGAGGCCCGACCCUUGCCCCCAGCAAGGCAAGGAGACAGACCCAAAGCGAUACCAGCAGGACUUGUUGCCAGUGAUACCAAAACAGACUUUUCCCAAGCAGUGCCUCACAUGUCUGCUGGUGUGGCUUUGGGGUUCUCCCCAGCUCCCCAGGGGUAGUGGGGGAAGCCAGGCCUCGGGAAAGAGGAGGCAGGAUCUAACAGGAAGAAGGCUCCAGGAGGGGAAGGAAGUCACACCCCCAAGCUGCUGCCCCUCCCCACAGCCCUCCAUUCACACCUCCUGGCUAGAAGGGGACCCACCUGAAAGGGGACAGGAGCCUCCCCCGCAGCCCCAUGGUUGGGGACCCCAAAGCCCAUCCCCAAGCUGUAUCAGCACUUUUAUUUGUUGAUCCUCCUAUCUAGGGUCCCAGCCAGGCCCCCCCAAACCAAAGCCCCUUCAAGUUCAGGGGUCCUGGCCCCUGCCUCCCACUUCCCACCCUCCCACCCCCAGGACCCCACAUGGGGAAAGGACAAGCAGAGGGUAGAUCAAGGGACAGAGCCCACAGCAUGGCAGGGGCCGACAGGAAGGAGGGGAAGAGACCCCUUUUCCUCUGAUUUCCCCCCCCCCUCUCUUCCUUCCCUAAAGUUUUUGGUGGUGUUGCUGUUCAUUUUCUUUUUCCUCCAAGAUAUUUUUGAGGUUUUUUUUCUCAUUUUAUAUUUUACUGAUAUUACCAGGAUAGUUUACUCUGUUUCUUGCUUUCUGCUUGCCGCACACACCGGGUAACACACCCACACACCCGUGCUCAUGAACCCAGGUCAGGAGAGGCUCUGGCUGGGUCUGCUCCUCCUCCUCCCCAGUGUGGGGACCGGAUGGGGGACACGGGGACAUCUGGGCAGACCUGGGCCCAGCCUGCCCCCUCUCCUGGCUCACCCGCCCUGCUCCCUCACAUCAUACUCCAAUCAUAACCUUGUAUAUUAUGCAGUCAUUUCGGUUUUUGCAGACGCGCCUAAGUACCAUUUACAGAAAGUGACUCUGGCUAUUAUCAUUUUGUUUGUUUGUUUCCCUAUGCAAAAAAAGAAAAAGAAAAAGGGGGAUUCCAUAAAAGAUUCAAUAAAAGGCAAAAAAUAAAAAAGAAAAAUGUAUAAAAAUUAAACAAGCUACGCUUCGACUCUU